AAUUUCUUUCCUUCCUAUCUAUACUCUUAGCUGCAUGUAUGGUCGAUACCAUGAUUCCACCAUUACUACUAUUGCAGAAUUUCGUGCAAAGUAAAAAGAAAGCAUUCGGACACAAUUUACAUUUCGGACAGUGGAAAAAACAUUAUUAUUCAUACUUAAAAGACGCUCAAAAUGUGAAGGAUUUGCAAUAUUGAAAAAAAAAAGAUGUCAUUAAAGCCCAAAAUUCUGGUAGCCUUUGAUUUUGAUCACACAGUCGUAGAUGGUAACACAGACAUAGAAAUCACCAAGUUAUGUCCAGAAGGAAAAGUCCCAGCCGAAAUAAAGAAAAAACACAAGAAAACUGGCUGGACUCCGUACAUGGGGGCUAUUUUCAAGUUUUUAAAGGACCACAAUAUCUCUGCUAAGGAAAUGAAGGAAACAAUACAAGGAAUACCGCUAAAUGAAGGAAUGGAAGAAUUACUUAAAUAUUUAGAUAAUGAAAUUUUCGAAGUUAUUGUGAUUUCAGACUCAAAUUCUGUGUUUAUUGAUGAUUCACUUGAGAAGCAUGGUUUUAAAGAUGUGAUUAAAACUAUUUAUACAAAUCCUGCAUAUUACGACGAAAGUGGGCUACUUCAUAUUGAGUUCUAUCAUACUCAGGACUGGUGCGAUCUUAGCACCGAAAAUCUGUGUAAGGGACACAUACUGGAUGAACAUAUUAAACAGUCUAGCACAAAAUUCAGCCAUAUUUUAUACAUUGGAGAUGGCUACAAUGAUUUGUGCCCAGCUUUGCGACUCAAUAAAGAAGAUUAUGUUUUCCCCAGAGUGGGGUUUACCCUGUGGAAGAAAAUCAACAAGCUCGAAAAAUAUGCAGAAGAAGAAGAUGACAGUGAAAUAAGAGCCAAAAUUGUCGACUGGAGUUCGGGGCUUGACAUUUUGAAAGUCAUUGAAGAAUUGUGUGGGAAGCAGGAGGGAUGACAUUAAGAUGGAAGGACAACUACCAAUGAAUUGCAUUUGCCUAACAGUGUUUGAUCUCCAGCUUGUAGACCUCUGAAUUUUAUUAUUAUCAAAGUGCUUAGACCUUGUGCCAUUUUAUGUGCUACACAUUUUGUUAUCCAGAGAAACUGUUGAUUAAAUUACACAUUGUUAAAGUUAAAAACACUUACUCUUAGUAAGUUUAACAAAUACCAAUAGUUUAAGAUACCACAUUUUAUCCUGGUAUUUUACAUGUAGAUCAAUAUAUAAACAUUAUAUUUGUAUUUUAUAUACCCGGUAGUGCAUAUUAUAUAUAAAGGGCCAAAGCAUAGCUCAAAUUAUUGGACUAAAUAUUAUAUACAUGUUACUGUAUGUGUUAGUACAUUUUGUAUCAUAUGUUAGGCCAGUGAAAAUUUACAAAGUUUAUUUUAACAAAUACAAUUUUAAAAAGUGUUAUAAUACAAACUUACAGUAUGUUACUCUAAUGUUGAAUGAUUAUCAAGUGGUUUUCAAAUUUUAUGAAAAGAAAGCUUUAUACUUUAAAUGCUACAUAAUUAUGACCCACCCAAUGAGUUACUUUAAAGAAACGUUAUCGGAUUAUCCAUUAUGUACACAUGGUGUUAUUUAUAGUUCUAGGUGUAUUUGAACAUGGGCUAUGUUAUCAGCAUUUUAAGAGUGCAGACAAUCCAUCAUGUUUACUGUUCAGCAUUAGUAGUACAUAACAUAGAAACGAUAUGUACAUUUUCUUUCUUCAAGAUCAGAAGAUAUAAUGUGUUUAUUUUGUUUUAUGUUAUUAUUAUCGGUACCAGAAAUACAUGUAUCAGUUGUAUAAAUGUUAAGGGAUUCAUUACAAAUAAAGAGUAUACAAGGUUAUAUAUAAUGUUUAUGUGAUUGGAGUGAAAAUGCACAAUUUAUGUAAAACAAUGAACACUGUGUGUGUUUUGUCUGGCAAACUGUUGCAAAAGAUACACGGAUAAAUGACCUUGCAUACUAAUAAAAGCUUGUGUCAAAAAGGUU